AUGGCCCAACGAUCGGUCCGUAUAGCUGGAGCCUCUGGGUCCAACGCUGACCGUCGCCAUGCCAUCGCCGAGUUCGCUCGCAAUUACCCUCAAGAUCCAGUCGAUGUGAUCAUUGCUGACUACAUGAGCGAGGCGAAUAUGGUGGCAUCAGCGGCCCGUACAGUAGAACAGCAGCAGCGUAAAGAGCAAGGCACACACGGAUCCUCGACGAUCGAGGCACCAGGCUAUGAAGUUGGCUUUCUUCAAGCCCUGGACCCAGCCCUGUCAGACCUAGCAAAAUACGGCAUCAAAGUGGCGGUGAAUGCAGGAAACACGGACACAAAAGGCCUCUACAACGUGGUCAAGCAGAUGGUGGAAGCAAAAGGACUGAACCUCAAGGUAGCUUGGGUCUCCGGAGAUCAAGUCCUGUCAACCGUCAAAGCUGCAUGGUCGUCGGGGAAGUCAGCCUUCGCCAAUAUCUAUACCGGCGAAUCCCUCUCCGAUUGGCCUUUCGAGCCUAUAUUUGCCCAGUGCUACUUGGGAGGACUCGGAAUCGCCGCCGCUCUAUCCCAAGGAGCUGAUAUCGUACUCUGCGGACGAGUCUCCGAUGCGUCCCCAGUCAUUGGAGCUGCGUACUGGUUCCAUGGCUGGAACCGCACUGACCUCGAUCAGCUAGCUAACGCAUUCGUAGCCGGUCAUCUCAUCGAAUGCAGCAACUAUGUCUGCGGCGGCAACUUCACCGGCUUCAAGGCCCUAGAGCAUAUCGGUCCUGACGGCUGGUCCAAUAUCGGAUAUCCCAUUGCGGAGAUCUCCCCGGAGGGCAAAGUGAUCAUUACCAUGCAAUCCUACGCGCGCGGAGGCGCCGUUACCAUAGACACCUGCUCAUCGCAGCUCCUAUACGAAAUCCAAGGCCCAUGGUACUUCAACUCCGACGUAACUGCCAUCCUCAACGACAUCCACUUCGAGCAAAUCAGCUCCAACCGCGUCGCCCUCCACGGGGUCCGCUCCGGACCACCACCCCCAACUACCAAAGUCGGCAUCACAGCCCGCGGCGGCUUCCAAGCGGAAGCGAUCUACUUCCUCGUAGGCCUCGACAUCCCAUCCAAGGCACGCAUGCUCGAGUCCCAAAUCCGCCGACUCCUCUCGCCAUAUACCCCCAAAUUCACCAGCCUCCAAUUCUCAACCCUCGGCUCUGCCCCCGAAAACCCCGACAACCAAGACAGCGCCACCGUCUGCCUCCGCAUCGUCGCCCAAGCCCGCCACGCAGAAGACCUCUCCCCAAUGCAUUUCCUCCGCUCCAUCGUCGACACCAUCAUGCAAGGCUACCCGGGGGCCACUUUCCACCUCGACACCCGUCAGGGCUUUCCCCGCCCCGUCUACGAAUACCACGUCACCCUUCUGCCCCAAUCCGACAUCAACCAUCAAGUCCACCUCCCCUGGCUCCACCAAACCCUUACUAUCCCACCACCUCCAAUAACAAAAUCCUACCCAUCCCGCCAACCCUCCCAAUCCCUCACCGACAACCCCACUCUAGACUUCGGCCCCACCAUCCGUGGCCCUUUGGGCUGGAUCGUCCACGCCCGGUCUGGCGACAAGGGCCCCGACGCGAACUGCGGGUUCUGGGUCCGUCAUGCAGACGAGUACCGCUGGCUUCGGUCGUUGUUGUCCGUGUCGGGGAUCAGGGAACUCCUGGGAGAGAAGUAUACUGCCAAUUCGGAGCUGAGGGUUGAGAGGUUCGAGUUGCAGAAUUUGAGAGCCGUACACUUUCUAUUCAGGAAUCUGUUGGAUAGAGGGGUGGGGGUCACUACCAUGGUGGACUUUUUGGGGAAGAAUGUUGCAGAGUUUCUUAGGGCCAGACAUGUCGAUUUGCCGGUCAAAUUUCUAGAGAGGGGGAAGCUGUAG